AUGUUUUUAGGACACGCCUCAAUUUUUUAUUCAUUAGUCUCAUUAGUACAAAACGCGAGAAAAACACGCCGUUUUACCCACCCACCCUCUCUCUCUGAUUCUGUCUCUGCAUCAUCGUUAACCUUUCAGUGUUGAGUUUCAGAGUCUUUGAGUUGACCUAAAUCCCAAUCCAAAUCAACAAUCACAUCACAAAAAAUUCACUUUCUUCCACAAUCAACACCAAUCACACUCAUGUUCACAAUCAUAAUCACAAUCCUCAUUGAUUCACCAAAAAACAAGAAUUGAUGUCAGCAAUGAAGAUCAAGAAUCUCCCAGUUCGAUACCUAAUUGUACUCCUAACCUUCAUCUGCACAUCAGUUUGUUACAUAGAACGCGUGGGCUUUUCAAUCGCUUACACAGUCGCCGCCGACGCCGCCGGAGUUAAACAAUCGACAAAAGGUACAAUUCUUUCAACGUUUUACUACGGUUACGCUGUUUCUCAAGUUCCCGGCGGUUACUUUGCUCAGAAGUUCGGUGGCAGGAAAGUUCUUCUACUUGCGUUUCUAUUAUGGUCUUCAACCUGCGCGCUUCUUCCUUUAGAUCCAGACAGAACCCUAAUUCUUGUAACCGCGCGUUUACUUGUUGGUGUUGCGCAAGGUUUUAUUUUCCCUUCGAUUCAUACUGUUUUAGCUCAGUGGGUUCCGCCUCAUGAAAGAUCUAGAUCCGUUUCGUUAACUACUUCUGGUAUGUAUCUUGGUGCUUCUGUUGGAAUGUUGUUUCUUCCGAGUUUGGUUAAGUUUAAAGGUCCUCAAUCUGUUUUUAUUGCGGAAGCGUUUUUAGGAUUUGCUUGGUCUUUGCUUUGGUUUAGAUAUGCUUCUGAUCCUAAAGCUUCGGCUUCGGGAGCCGGGGAAUUGCUUUUGCCGGUUAAUAAGAAAAUGGAUAGGAAGGUUUCGGAUGUAAAUGUGGAAACUGGAGUUGAGAGAAAUGGUGUUAAGAAAAAUGGAGUUGGAAUUCCUUGGAUGAAGAUUAUGACUAGUUUACCUGUUUGGGCUAUUGUGGUUAAUAAUUUUACUUUCCAUUAUGCUUUGUAUAUGCUGAUGAACUGGUUACCGACUUAUUUUGAAUUGGGGCUUAAGCUUAGUCUUCAUGAAAUGGGUUCGUCGAAAAUGUUGCCUUAUCUUAAUAUGUUUGUGUUCUCGAAUAUUGGUGGUGUUGUUGCUGAUUAUUUGAUUACAAGGAGGAUAAUGUCUGUGACUGGGACGAGGAAGUUUCUGAAUACAGUUGGGUUUUUAGCUGCUUCGUUUGCGUUGGUCGUGAUACCGAGUUUCAGAACUUCAAGUGGUGCUGUGUUUUGUUCUUCAGUGGCUCUUGGUUUUUUGGCGCUUGGUAGAGCUGGGUUUGCGGUGAAUCAUAUGGAUGUUGCUCCGAGGUAUGCUGGGAUUGUGAUGGGUGUUUCGAAUACUGCUGGUACUUUGGCUGGCGUUGUUGGUGUUGAUCUUACUGGGAAACUGCUUGAAGCUGCUAAAGCAUCUGAUUUGGAUCUUUCAAGUCCUGAAAGUUGGAGAGCGGUAUUUUUCAUUCCGGGACUUAUGUGUGUUUUUAGUUCUGUGAUAUUCUUGUUGUUUUCAACCGGGGAGAGGGUUUUUGAUUGAGGUAGCACCUGUAACAUUCUUUGAUCGUUCAAUCAUUGAUUUGAUCAUGUUCUCUUAUAUUGUGGAGAUUUUAAUUUUUAUUAUAUCUCCAUAUUAUGUUAUUCAUUCUUGGAUAGGAGAGGUGAUGUACAAAGCUCCACGGCUAUAUUGUAUCGGCCAUAUUGUAUCAGCAAUGGAUAUGAAUUUGUUAUUGUCGCGAUUAUGAUUUUUCCAACAUGUACUAUUUCUAGUUAGUAAGUAAAUGUUACUAUACAGUUGUAUCACCAAUGAUUCUUAGGUGUUUCUUUAUGCCUUGGAUGAAACUCUUUUUAUUAUAUGAUUAAAAGAUUGUGCAUUUAUUA